AAGAGUCACAGUGUAAACCAAACCUACUUCAAUACGUUAAGUUUAACACCUGGUAUGUGAUGUGUAUUAUUUUAUUAUGGAAUUUCAAUUCUUAAUAAUGAUAAUCCAAGCACAAAGGCUGGACCCUAAGUUGAGAAGAGUCGAAUGUUUAUCAUGUAUCAGGCCUCCUCUCUUCACACAGCUAAUAGACCCAAGGGAUAUGCAGUAACCCGUUGAGCUUAGAAUCAGCAUUAAAAAAUACUAACAACGGAAACCUUAAUUAAACUGAAAGAAGGUAAACUGGACUCACAAAGUGGACUUGAAGGUGCAUCAUAUGCUAAUGGUCCCGGUAAAGUUACCGAAACUAACCCAACAGUUCUCUUUCAUCCAGGAAAUCAUGAAGCUCAGAUGUGCUAUGAAGGAGAAGGUGAUCUACACAAACAUGUUACUGGCUGUAAGAAGAAUCCAGGUCACAAAGGUUUUAUACCUCUUAAAGAUUUUAACGCAAGUUGUCUCCCCUCACGUUACCAUGACGAUGACCUCAUGUCUGAGACAAUUAAAACAUUUGCAGCCCUAACUGUCCAGGUAAAGACUCAAUUCACCAGUCUAAAGAGACCAGAGUUUUACCCAGGUACUCAAGAUCUAUAUCCAUUUUAUAAUGACAAAGGAAGUCAAGUGAUGAGGUUAGGGACAGGGAGGAUUUGUUGGGCGGACAAGUAUACAGAUAGUAAAGAAACUUGUCGUUGUUCCAAGUGUCAAGUCUCUGCAACACCCAGCAAAGUGUGGGGUGAGAUUUGUGUGUUGACAUCCGCACACGUGGUGUUUGAUGACAGUGAGGCGAGACAGACCAGCUGUAUUUUAGGUUUUGAUGAUAAUACAAGACCAGGGGUCAGUCUUGAUGGCUGGAAGGUGGGUGGGGCAGAAAUUGAGAGAGACAGGUGUGUAUUGAUUUAUGUAACAUGUGACUCAAAUGCCUUAGAGCUGGUUGAUGAAAUGGACACGGUGUGUCAGCGCUUCUAUAGUCUUUGUGAAAAAGUAAAGGACAAAUACGGGAGAUUUAUUGAUGACGACAAGUUGACCGUUAUAGUGUCACAUCCUCAUGGCUGUCCUAAACUGGUCUCUGUAGGACAAUGGACACGCAAAGAAGAGAGGGUUGAUGGCCAUACCUGGACCAGGUACUGGUACACAACAAGCACAUGUCCUGGCUCCAGUGGAGCGCCUAUAUUCAUGCUGGGAUAUUGCGGGAGGUUGUAUCGACAUUCCCACAGUGCAUCAAACUCGGAAGGAAAUUAUAGUGGGGAGUGGAGAGGCUGA